UGAGCACACAUUUCUUGUUUUUCUUUCCACCUUCCUUAUCUUAUAAGAACAUUCGCUCGCCUCUCGCAGGCAGUCGGGUCAACAACAGCAUCACCCUCACAAGACACAGCCUGGCUCUGCAUCACAACCAUGGGCAAUUGUGUGAAUAUGGACAGGAGCCCAAGCCAUGUCCUGGAAUCUGCUGACUUUGCAGACCUGCUGGCCACCUGGACCGAGUAUUAUCCCUACGAAGACACCACGCUCGCUGACAGCGCUCUCCCUGCGCCGUGUUACAGCACAUUUUGCUCCUCGGUCGGCGGCAUCAUCCCAACGUUCCUGGUGGUGGCCGGCACUUUGGGCAUCCUCGGCAGUCUCGCCCUGGCCAUCGCCUUGGUCAUGUGCUUCCGGCUCUGGGAGCAAACCGGGCUCAUUCUCACAACGCUGUCAACUGCCCUCUUUGCCACCAUCUUGCCGUUUUUCGCAGCGGGGAUCAGCUGGGGCUGGACUUUUGGGAACGGGCUCUGCCAGGCGGCACAGGCCAUGAAGUAUGGGUGCCAGUUUGCCCAGGGGCUCUUGGUGGCUGCCUGUGUGUGUCCAACGCCCAAGGCCGCCCUUCCUGGCUGCCUCUUUCCUCUCGUUCUCUGGGUCACAGGCUUCCUGCUUGCAAUCCCCGUAGCCGUGAUCCAUGGCACAGGGAAAGACGGGGAAGCAAUAUGUGCCCUGAGACAGGCACCUGAGCUGCUCUGGUGGUCUCUCACUCACAUCAUCUUCUGGAUAGCUGUUUUCUACAUCCUCCCAGCAGGGGUCGCUCUGGCCAAGGUGGCGCUGAAGUGGGAGAGGGCUGGGUGGCACCCGCCCGCGGUCGUCACUUGGCUCUUCUACCUUCUCUGGGCGCCGUAUGGAGUGGCCCUGAUCCUGGACAAGCUGCUGCAGAUGAACUUGCUCACCCAUACUUGCAGCUUGCAAGAGCAUCUCAGCUACUUCCUGGGGCUAUCCGAGGGGCUGGGGGUCCUGCACUGCAUUCUGUGCCCCUUCUUAGUUCUAGGGAUGGUCAUCCGUCACCGAAGGGCUGCCCAAUGAGGCAGGCAAUAAAUUCAGGAGGGGGGGUGUGUCCAACUACAAUCAACAGAGCUUUAAUCUACAGAUCAUUUUGUAUCUGCUUCUGCCUCUGCAACAAAGCCUGGAGGGUGGCGGACUUCCUUAGAAUUUCCUAGUAGCCAAGCUUGCUGAAUAAAUAAAGUUUGGCAGUCAGGCAAUCCCAA